AUGGUGAACGAAAAAACGACCAAGGUUGAAAAUAGUGUAGCUGACACGGAUGCUAAGGAGACAAGUAAUGCAAAUCAUACUACAAAUACGAACAGCGAUAACGAUAAGGUAAACAUCCCUUUGAGUGUGGAUGUGUUAAGGAUUCCGAGGAACCAUAAUUCAGAAAUUGGGGAUUCGGAAAAAUUAGAAAUUGAGUAUGUAUAUCAACCUCUGGAUGUAGCUAACGAUCCUUACUAUGAAGAAUUCACAAAGGUUUUUGCCCAUUUUCAGAUCUCUAAAGACGAAAUAGAGGAACAAUCAGAUCUCAAAGAAGAGGAGAGCGUUGAACCAACAAAAAUCCUAAAUGAAUUUAGAGCGAAAGAAUCUGACGAGGAUUCAAAUAUAGAUUCGGAAGAAGAUCGACAAGAAAAGAUAUCUAAAAAGAAAUUAAAAAAAAUGAAUAGGUUGAGUGUCGCUCAAUUGAAACAAUUAGUAAAAAGACCCGAGGUUGUCGAGUGGGUUGAUGUAACUGCGGCUGACCCCAAGCUUCUGGUGAGCCUUAAAGCAUAUCGGAAUACGGUUCCUGUUCCUCAACAUUGGUCUCAGAAAAGAAAAUAUCUUCAAGGAAAAAGGGGAAUCGAAAAACCUGCUUUUGAUUUGCCCGAAUUCAUUAAGGAUACUGGUAUUAUGGAAAUGCGUGAGGCUGUCAAAGAAAAGGAAGAUGCUGCAAAAUUGAAGCAAAAAACACGCGAGCGUGUACAACCAAAGAUGGGCAAAUUGGAUAUCGAUUAUCAAAAACUGCACGAUGCAUUUUUCAGAUUCCAAUCAAAACCCAAGCUAACAAUUCAUGGAGAAUUGUACUACGAAGGGAAAGAAUUUGAAACAAAACUUAAAGAAAAAAAACCGGGACAACUUUCAGAGGAAUUGAAGGCAGCAUUAAACAUGCCCCCGCUCGCUCCCCCUCCGUGGCUUAUCGCGAUGCAAAGGUAUGGCCCUCCGCCAAGUUAUCCAAACCUGAAAAUUCCCGGGCUAAAUGCACCUAUUCCUGAAGGUGCUCAGUGGGGUUUUCAUCCUGGUGGCUGGGGAAAGCCUCCUGUAGAUGAGUAUAAUCGUCCUUUAUAUGGAGAUGUUUUUGGAACAUAUCAACAAGAAAUUCCGGCAGAGAUUGUACAACCAAUUGAGCGUUCAUUGUGGGGCGAACUAGAAGCUGAAGAAGAAGCAUUACAAGAAGGGCUUGCAACCCCGAGCGGAAUUUCCAGUGUGCCUAGCGGCUUGGAAACUCCGGAAUAUAUUGAAUUACGGAAAUUCCAAAAUAAUACCGUAUCUCCAUCGCCAUCUACAUUGCCGAGCGGAUUGGCAACACCUGAUUUUAUUGAAUUGAGAAAAUACUCCAAGUCUGAUGAAGACGAGCCAAAACAAUUAUACACUGUUCUUCCUCAAAAGGAUGCCGCUAUUUCAGGAUUCAUGGGCUCUCAACACGUGUAUGAUAUGACAAAUGCUUCGACUGCGACGGGAACGAUCAAAGGCGUAAAACGAAAGGCUGUUGGUACGGGUGUUGAUGUAGCUCUAGAUCCUUCUGAAAUGGAGGUGCUUGACGAGGAAACUCUGAGAGCUAAAUUUGAAGAAGCUCAACAGGCAAAUCUCCCAGAAGGUGCACGUGAAGACUUUUCGGAUAUGGUCGCUGAGCAUGCAAAUAAACAGGCGAAAAAGAGGCAGAAAAUUGCAGACGCAAAAGCUGCCGCUCGAGAUGCCGGUUCUGGAGGUUCAGGAAACAAAAAAUACAAAGAUUUCAAAUUUUAG